GGGUACUCCUGCGACCAUACCGCCACGCCGGUCAGUUGACGCUGCUUUUUGGCGCGUCGCGCCUCGUCGUGAACACUAGCAGGCGGUCUCUGGACUCGGCCCACGACCCACACGCUCGGCCCGCCAGCCACGACGAGCACAAGAGUUCGGUGUCGAUCCUCCGGAACCUCCGGGACCGCCCCUCCCCGCAGCACACCCACUCCGCAGCCGAGCGCAAGAAUACACUCCCUUGUUGGAGAUCAAGGGGGGCUGAGCGGCUGAAUAGAGUGCCAGGACCAAAGGAGCUUACAAAAACUUCAACCGAGCCGGCCAUCGAAUAAAAGUGUUGGAACCACGAGUGAAGUGACACCAACCACCGGCCGAUCUGGUGAUCGGCUCUGCGCGGGUCACCUCGUCCCUGACCCACCUCAAGCGUCUCGGACGUCGCCAGGGUCCUGACACCAUCCCUCAGCGCGGCGCCCAGUCUCUCCCGAGCUGCUCUCCUCGCACCGCCUCUGCAUCUCCUUCUGCCUCCUCAAACACCAAGGAAUGGAGAGACGCCAUGGCAGCCUCCCCGUCGUCGUGCGUCGCAGGUGACCACCCCAGCCCCAGGAUCCUCCACCCCGCCCCUGCCGAGGCCUCCGGCUCCCACUGCUGCUCCUGCUGCUGCUGUUGGAGCGUCUGUCGGGAAACGCGCCCCCGCCACCACCGCGGCAGCCACCCCCGGAGCAGCCAGCCCAGCCGUUCGCAGGACUCUCCGCCCCCGACGCCUCCGCCGUCGGCGCUCUGCACCUGCGUCCGGGUAGCCGAUGACCGUGUGCCGCUGCCGCCGCCGCCGCCAACAUGUCGGGCAAGCAGUUCCUGGUGCUGCUGCUCCUCUUCCUCGCCUACCUCAUGCUGGGCGCCGCCGUCUUCCACUACAUCGAGCAGGCCAGGGAGAUCAAGCACCUGGAGCAGGAGCGCCGGACUGAGGAGGAGAUCGUCACGAAACUUAAUAACAGCCUCGACAACAGGACCUUUGAGGAUAUCCUUCAUCUGCUGCAAGACUACUGCGGCAAGUCGUUCAACGUGGACCCCAACAGAGCCGACCCUUACAAAUGGCACUUUUACAACGCCGUGUUCUUCGUCAUUACAGUGGUUAGCACCAUAGGAUACGGCAACCUGGCCCCGACGACCACCCUCUCACGGCUCCUCAUGAUCCUUUACGCGCUCGUGGGGAUACCCAUGAACGGUAUCCUCCUCAAAAGCCUCGCCGACUACUUCGGACACUUCUUCCUUCGUGCGCGAGACAAGUACCGAGCGCACCGGCACGAUGGUAUGAGCCUGGCGGGCAGCAUCCUCAUGUACUUCUGCCUCGGCUUCUUCGUCUUCAUCAUCAGCCCUUCGUUCCUCUUCAUGUACUUUGAAGGCUGGGCGUUCGACGAGGCCAUCUACUAUGCCUUCGUCAGCCUCACCACCAUCGGCUUCGGCGACCUCGUGGCUGGCCAGGAUCCGUACAAAACUGACGUCAGCUACAUUCUCUACAAGGUGUUCCUCAUCGUGUGGCUCGUGUUCGGUCUCGGCUACCUCUUCAUGGUGCUGGGCUUCAUCACGGACGCGAUGCGCUCCAAGCGGAUGGCCAAGUUGUCCAGCACCAUCAAGGUGACGCAGACCAAGCUGUGGAACGGCAUGGUGCACGAGAUGCCGCACCUCAUGCGCAGGGUGCUCAACGAGCUGUACCUGCUCAAGGUCAAGCCGGUGUACCACGACGACGACGACAGCCUGUGCUCGCUGAACAUGGGUGAGAGGUGCUCGUCGUGCCCGGACCUCUUCUGGCUGGACGACGGCUACUCCAAGGCCGCGCACCCUUUCCCGGUGGUGGUUGGCCUGCCGGGCGCCGGGUACCGCCGCAGCUCGCGGGCCGCGGCCGGCUGCCGUCCGCGCGCGCUGUCCGAGGUGCUGCCGGGCCGGCUGCUGGUGCGGCGCCGCUCCGAGACCGAGCUGGGCAGGAUCGACCGGCGCGCCACCUUCGCCGACACGUCCGCGCCCACCGACAACACGCUCGACCCGGCCGAGCUGCUGCACGAGUUCAUGAACGCCCUCGUCAACUGGGGCGGCGGGGUGAGCAACGACGAGGUGUACAGCACGAUGCACAUGGCCCCCGGGACGGCGCUGCCGUACGGAGGGUACCAGGGCUUCCCGGACGCCGACAUCCUGAGCAGCGAGUGGUCGCAGCAGCAGCGGCUCACGAGGCAGCGCGCCAAGAGCCUGGCGCCCUUCACGGCCGCCACGGACGCACUGGCCGAGGCUCACUACCGCUACGGCGGCCAAGGUCGCGGUCAGGGCGACGACGCCUGGGACCCGGACGACAGCUCGACCCUCCCGGCCGACGAGGCUGGCCAGGAGCAGGACGGCACGCCGAACAACGCCGAGUGGACGUGGUCCGGGGCGGGCGCCUCCAAACGCGUUCACGAGCUGAUUCGCUCCCGCCAGAACAGGCGCAAGUCCGAGGCCGUGAACCGCAAGCAGCAGCGGCAAGACAGGCGCCUCCAGGAACUCCACGACUUCGAGCGCAUGCGGGCCCACGAGGAGAUGCGGCAGAUCGCCAAGGAGAGCCGGCAGAAGGAGAAGCGCCUGCGAGCCAGGACCAUGUCGACGGGCGCUGCGGAGACGGGCUUGGCAGGGCCGGUUCCACGGACGUCGGUGAGCAGCCUGAUGCAGCGCUUGGCCAUCCCACAGCGGCUCAAGGACCUCGCCCGGCGGCGGCGCUCCCUGCAGCCUCCCGACUCAGAGCCAGACGACGCCGAGCCUCCGCCCGUGGAGAAGAGGCGCUCUCCCAGCUACGACCCCGUCACCUCGCCCUGGCCCUGGCCGCCGUCCAACGCGCGCUCCCGGACCCAGUCCAUCGGAGGGAGCCUCCUGGGGAUGGGGGCGGGCCUAGGCGCCGGCCUCGACGCGGGCCCGGGUCGACGCGACAGCAUAUUCAGACGGAACAGCGCCACCGUGCACCCCGUGCUGGAGAACACGUCGCUGGCCGAGUUCCUGCACGUGCUGCAGAUGGUGCAGCGACAGCAGGGCGGCUCCUCGCCAUCGGCCACGACCACCAUGCCGCCGUCGACGCCGGGCAAGACGCGCAAGCUGGGCACGGCGGGCCUCACGGCGGGCCUCAACACCGGCCUGACCACCACGGGCUACUACGCGCAGCCGAGCUCUCCGAACACCAUAUUCAAUGUGUUCCCCGGGCUGCGGGACGGUGGCGCGCCCGAGAAGAGGCGCUUCUCGCUGCGGCCCGCGUCACCCCCUCCGGGCCUCGGCACCGCGAAUGGGACCACGUUCGCUCCGGCGCCCGCGGCCACCGCCAAACGGCGCAUGUCCUUCUGGCCGUCCUUCGGCUCGGGCUCAGCCCCGGCCGACCAGACGCAGGCGGCCGCGAGUCCCCGGAAGAGCUCGACCGCCAGGAGGCUCUCGACGUUCUUCGGCGGUGGCACCUGCACGGACCCGGACCCGGAUCAGGACUCAAACGACGAGGCGGGCACCGCACCCGCCAAGGUCACGAAGAAGCGACGCUUCUCGAUCUGGCCGACGCUGGGGGUCAUCGGGCGCAGCGCCGCCGUCGACCUGGAUGAGAAGUCCCCGCCGGCGUCCGGGACCCCGAGCGCCAUGGAGGACGGCGUUGUAGGCGUCGGGGACGCCGCGUGCCAUACCUCGGUGCCUCAGAUCACCGUGACCUACAUCGACGACACCCCCACGGUGCCGCCCCCGGUCAUCCCCGCCCCUCGAGAGGCGCUGCGCAGGAUGGCGCUCACCAGCAACCUGCCCACGGCCCCCGUCCCCGCUGGGACCCUCGCGCCGUCCGGCUCCAUGCGCAUGCGGCACCCGCGGACCUCCAUCGGCGGCGCUGCCCCGGUCCGAGGCCCGUCUAAGGGCGCCUUCCCCUACCCUCCUGCUCCCCUGCCCGGCCGGAGAGCGCCCUCCACGCCCUCCCCGCUGACCACCUCAGUGACCUCGUUCAGACGGAGGGCCAUGAGCGAGUCGACGCGAGCUCGGACAGACGAGGCGCCGCCCGCGCCGGGUACAAGGGAUGACUCUGCGGAAGACAGCGAACGGCUGUAACAAGACUGACAGUGCGAGUUUGUCCACAGCCUCUUAGGCUCUGCCGCCGAGUGGCAGUGCAUUACUUCCCGGUCCCAUCCGGCACGUAACCCAGACGAUACGCACUCGCGUAUUAUCGGCUUGUCGGGGAGGGGUUGCCAGAACCCCUACCCGCGAUAGGCUAUCCUGCUAGGCCCUGAGCGAGCCUUAAAAGCACGCUUUAAUCAGGACAGACCUCCAACUCCAACGUAACGUGUGUGUUGUGUCCCAAGACGUGUAUGCUGCUACCUAGCAGGAUUCAGGAUUUACUAUGGCGAGUGCUGUUAGGAAAUCCUACCAAUAAUGGAAUAGGUUUAUUUUGGUAUACUUGCAGUAUUCCGUGUCAAUAAACCUGAACCGGUGUUAUCAGAAAAAUCUGCUUUUGUAACUUCUCGCCAGAGGAGGUCCUAUCUGUUUCUCGGUAUGUGUCACGCAUCAGUAGUUGAGGAGAAUGGGAGGGGAUGUGAUGUUGUUCAUGAAAAGUUCCAUUAAAUGUGAUUCAGUUAAAUUAAGGAGGAACUCAGUUUAUAAAACAAUAACUCUUUUAUACAA